AUGGGGUGGACGGAUGCAGGUCGGGGUGGAUUCCAGCCGAGGGGGGGCCGCGGCAGGGGUGGAUUCGGCGGGCGGGCCGGCAACACCAACUACGGGUACGGGUAUGACGAGGGCUACGGCGGCGGGGAUUAUUGUUACGGUGCUGAGAGCUACGGCGGGGACGCAUACGGCGGCUACGGGGGCGGUGGAUAUGACGACGGCUAUGGUGGCGGCGGCGGCUAUGGCGCGAUGGCCGCCAGCGGCGGCAUGCCUGCCAUGAUCGGAUACGUCAUCCAGGGCGGAGGGGCUGCGCCGGCCGCCGCGGGCGCCGGGGGCGGAUUUGGGGGGAGUCCCCCCGGCGGUCCGGUGCGCACCGGCGGCCGGGGGGGCUACAGUGGCCUCGGGAGGGCAGGGCCGGCACGCGGCCGGGGCGGGCCGCGGGGCGGCGGCGGCGGCCGAAGAUAUCAGCCGUACUGAACGGGACAGAUGACAGAUCCAGCUCAAGGGCAGCAUUUAAGCAUACCCGGCCCAUGAGGUUGCAGCAAGUGUGCAAAGCCCGCAGGAGUAGGGGUGAUAUGUCGGGAUUCUGCGGGGGUCUGGGGAGGAGCACGUUUUCGUGACCCCUAGCCGAAGCACUAGCAGCCAUCUCUCUGGAUGAGUGCCUUCUUUGUCAGCUUUUGACUCAUGCUAUUCCCCAAGGAUCAGCUUCAACAGGAGAGCCAAGACUGCUCGAUUAGCGCCAUGCCACAGAGCAGGGCAGGGGCAGAAGGGAUCUUGUGUGAUGCAUGGCAGAACACCGUAGCGAGACUUCGUUGAUGAGUGCCUGCGUGCCUUACCUGCCUUUGAUCGCGUGUGUUCAUCCUUAUUUCAUUCUUGUCUGCAAGUUUGCGCAGAAAUAGGGAUGGCUGUCAGCAAUGCCUUUGUCAGCUGACUGAGCAUACUGAUUACUGGAAAAAGUCCCUGAUGAUCAUGAUACUAAGUGAUUGGAAGCGGUGUGAUGGCGCUUUGCACUGGGAAGUUCUUUCACCUAUCUUGCAUGCAGUGCGCGCACGUCCAUGAUGACCCAUGCGGCAUACUUGUAAUGAUGCCCCUGCUGCCUCAAUUGCUGUGAGUGUCGGGCGAUGCGGCAUAGCUCCCACCGUGCCCACAGUGACUGGGAGCAGUGCGGAAUCCUAGCUAGCUGUAGUGCUGUAGUACUAUAGUGCCUGCCACAGUGUGAAGUGAAGGGCUCUGAUCUUGCUUGUGCUCCAUGUAUGGCAUCUUAUUGAGAC